CUCAUUGAAAUUUGUGUUUUUGAGUCCUAGAAACUGUUUGACAUAUCAGUACCCUAUAAGCAUGGCCAUUGUACAUUUUGCCUUUGAAAUUGGCAGAAUGCCCUGCAUUCUAGUGGACAGACUUGUUAUUUGUGCUUCAACUGUAUUAUUGUUCAUUAUUACUCAAGAAAUUGCACUUCAUUCAUAAAAGUUCAAAUUUUUUGGCGUUCUGGUAUUUUGGGGUUGGAGCAGAUCAGUUCUUCUCCAUUUUGGAGGUUUUCUUCUUAAAUAUUUUUUUCCCACCUAGCAAUAAUUAAUAAGUUAGUGAGGGUGUUCCAAAUUGAAGAUGAAAUCAAAUUGGGGAUAUCUUCUUCCAAAUUGAGUUUUUUUUUUUUAUUCAAUAAUAGAAUAUGGUUAUUGAGACCUGAUUUUCAAAUCAGUAGACUUGCUAAAAAAGAUUUUUCAUUCAGACACAUUAAACUAGGGAAUCAAGAAACAUUAUAAGACACAUUAACUGCUUUUAAGGCUCCAAAAUCUUUUGUUAUUAGGUACAUAAAUUCUUGAUUAAAACAAAAUAGAAACCCAGCUAUAAUGAAAUUGUUAUCUUUUGUCAGAACUAAGGAUUGCCCAAAUUUGACUCUUUUAGAAAGUAGAAAGAUGAUUUUAUAAGGGUUAUAUUCUUGUGUUUUAUGGGUGGUACUCUUCUAGAAGAGUCUGGAAUAUUCAAGCAGUGAGGUGUCCCCACUAACUGUCACCAUCAAGAAUAUUCCGUAUCAAAUUGUUACCACCUUUCCUAUGUAAGAAAUACACAGUAUUUUUUAUUUUAGUUAACCACAGCUGUCAUUUCUCUCUUUCUCUCUGCGCCUCUCUUUGUUGGGUUUUCUUCGAUGUCGGCGGCUACCUCAUCGUUCGCCCCAGCAGCAGCUAUAUCAGCCCCUUCAUCGUCGAUCUCCAAGGCCCUAAUCCCCGUUUCCAAGCCUUUCUGUCUAGGCUUCGCCACCUCCUUUUCUAAGGGCCUCAAAGCUCUCAGAGCCACCUCUGGUGUUACCGGCUCCACUGGGUCCUCUCUCGGCGCUAAAAUGGUGUCUGUUCCAGCCAUCAAGGCCCCCACUUUGCUUGAUUUCGACACUAAGGUGUUGAACAAGGAGAAAGUUAACCUUGCUGGCCAUGACGAGUAUAUUGUGAGAGGAGGAAGAGAUUUGUUCCCUUUGUUGCCUGAAGCGUUCAAGGGAAUUAAGCAGAUUGGUGUUAUUGGCUGGGGUUCACAGGGACCUGCUCAAGCUCAGAAUUUAAGGGAUUCUCUUGUUGAAGCAAAAUCUGAUAUUGUUGUCAAGAUUGGACUCAGAAAGGGCUCCCGUUCUUUUGCUGAAGCUCGCGCAGCUGGUUUUACUGAAGAAAGUGGCACUCUAGGCGAUAUUUAUGAAACUGUCUCCAGCAGUGAUCUUGUGUUGCUACUAAUUUCUGAUUCUGCACAGGCUGACAAUUAUCCGAAAAUAUUCUCCCACAUGAAACCAAACAGCAUACUUGGGCUUUCCCAUGGGUUUCUUCUUGGCCAUUUGCAAUCAGAAGGACUUGACUUCCCCAAAAACAUCAGUGUGAUUGCUGUCUGUCCAAAGGGAAUGGGUCCUUCCGUAAGGAGACUUUAUGUCCAAGGCAAAGAAAUAAAUGGUGCAGGGAUUAAUUCCAGUUUUGCAGUCCACCAGGAUGUUGAUGGUAGAGCCACAGAUGUUGCCCUUGGAUGGUCAAUUGCUCUUGGUUCUCCUUUCACAUUUGCCACUACUCUAGAGCAGGAAUAUAAAAGUGACAUCUUUGGGGAGCGUGGCAUUUUACUUGGUGCUGUCCAUGGAAUCGUGGAGUCCUUGUUUAGAAGGUACACAGAAAAUGGAAUGAGUGAAGAUCUGGCUUACAAGAACACUGUUGAGUGCAUCACAGGGAUAAUAUCAAAGACCAUCUCGACCAAGGGCAUGUUGGCUGUAUACAAUUCCUUGUCUGAAGAGGACAAAAGGGUAUUUGAGACUGCAUAUAGUGCUUCAUAUUACCCUUGUAUGGACAUCUUGUAUGAAUGCUAUGAAGAUGUGGCCAGCGGUAGUGAGAUCCGGAGUGUUGUCUUGGCUGGGCGUCGCUUUUAUGAAAAGGAUGGUCUACCAGCUUUCCCAAUGGGUAAAAUUGAUCAGACCCGGAUGUGGAAAGUUGGUGAACGUGUCCGAUCAGCACGGCCUGCAGGAGACCUAGGUCCAUUAUAUCCUUUCACUGCUGGUGUUUAUGUGGCAUUAAUGAUGGCCCAGAUUGAGAUAUUGAGGGAGAAAGGUCACUCGUACUCUGAGAUCAUUAAUGAAAGUGUGAUUGAGUCAGUUGAUUCCUUGAAUCCCUUUAUGCAUGCUCGUGGAGUUUCCUUCAUGGUUGAUAAUUGUUCAACAACAGCACGGUUGGGAUCUAGGAAAUGGGCUCCACGUUUUGAUUACAUCCUUACUCAGCAGGCCUUGGUUGCAGUGGACAGUGGUGUACCCAUAAACCAGGAUCUAAUUAGCAACUUCCUGUCGGAUCCAGUGCAUGGAGCCAUUGGAGUAUGUGCCCAACUGAGACCUACCGUUGACAUUUCAGUGCCUGCAGAUGCAGACUUUGUGCGACCUGAGUUAUGUGCAUCUGGCAAUUAAAGGCUUUAAAAAUCUGUACCCUGAGAUGUCCAGCAAUGCCUUUCGAGAUGGUUUGAGCGUGAAGACUUAAAAUUUAGGGGUAGUUGUGGUUUAAUAAUCAAAAAAAAAGAAAUACACAGUAAGAGGGCCAGCAUCCAAUAUUUUUCUAGCUCAUUAUGUAAAUAUUCCUCCAGUAUUAUUUCUUUAAUAGACACAAAUUAAACUUCAAACAAUAGUAGUAAACAAUAUUCACUGGAAAA